UUUUAGGGACGAUGUAUUUGUCUUUUUAUAUAAUGAUCCUUCUCUAUAUUAAAUAUUCAUAUGUUUUAGAGAUGGGUCAUCAUGUGUUAGAAGGCAAAUAUUUCGUGACACUGACAGGUGUUUACCAGAACAAUUGUGAGGGUUUCAUUUCCACAGCUAGUAUGUCAGAUGAUGAAUGUGAGUUGGAUGUCCUGGUUUCACUCUUGGAUGACAACAGUGAUACAGAGUGUGUCGGACAGCAUGAAUUGACUGACAAAAAGUCCCAGACCACAGACACAGCCCAGGAAACAACCAAACUGCUUAAAGCUACAGCAAAUACAGAGAGCACUGAUUGUACAAAUGAAGCUACAGCAAAUACAGAGAGCUCUGAUUGGACAAAUAAAGAAAAGGAAUGCGAUGUAGACAUGUUAACAGCUUGCCUUGAGGAGGAUGACAGCGAGUUUGAGGAGGAUGACAGCGAGUUUGAGGAGGAUGACAGCGAGUUUGAGGAGGAUGACAGCGAGUUUGAGGGUGGUGAUUUAUUUAUAGAUAGUGCAGAACAGUCAGGGGAUGAGAAGAGUGUCUCCAUUGCUGAGAAUAAUCCCUCUAAAGAGGGAAGUAAUUCCUCACAUACUAGUGAGGAUGAAGACUCUGCUAUUCAGGCUGAGCUUCUCAACAUUCAGAAGAAGAUGUUGGAACUCCAAUCUCAGUUAAAGAGAAGAAAGAUAAAUAAGAAAAAGAUAUCCUCUGAAUCCUCAUCAUCACUGGUGGCUAAUGGUACUAAAGAAAACAGAGAAGAUGAUAUCUCUUUCAGGCUUCAACAGAAGGACCAGUCGUCUUGUGAGCGACAGAAACAACCUCCUCUAAUUUCUAAACAGAAAACUGACCGUCACAAACAGAAAACUGACCGUCACAACCAGAAAACUGACCGUCACAACCAGAAAAUCUCAGACCAGCAAACUACAGCCACAAGUUUACCCUCCAAGAAAGGAAUAAAAAAAUCCUUCUCCCGGAAAAAUGGAGAGCAAUUCAAAAGUGAAAAAAAACCCUGUAAAAUAGUGUCUCCAAACAGUGAAGUAAAAGUGCCAAAAGAUAAAAAAGAACUGCCAGAUGCUGAUGAAUGUGGAGGAAAUCUCUUUUUUCCUGACCAGACUGACCCUGAGGGACCGGGUGAAGGGACAGGGGGUCUGUUUGGGGACAAUGAUAGUGACUGGGAGGAACUGGAUGGAGAAGCAAAACCUGAAUUGAGUAAAUCAGGCCAAGUUAUUCAAGACUUGAUGAAGAAGGGUAACCGACAGAGAGUGUCCUGUACCUCGCAGGGGGCCGUUCAGGAGCUCCGACAGAGAGCCCUCAAAACAAACUCUUGGAAAACUGGCCCCUUUUCUGGACAAGAAAUGGUGGAUCCACGCCACAAAGCUGCAAUUGAGGAUCACAAGAGUGUAACUGACCCUUUUUCUGGAAUCAGAAUAAUUAAUCCCAAGAUUUCUAGUAUGGAAAUGAAAUACAAAAUGGCAGACAGAUUGUUGAUAAAGCUGUCCAAAAUUCAUUUAAAACUAAAAAGUGCUGAUCUCCAGGGAAACUGGGUGACUAUUGGGGUCAUAGUUCACAAGACAGAACCUCGUACUUCAUCAUCAGGGAAGUCAUUUUGCAUCUGGCGACUGAGUGAUCUUGACGACUGUGAGAAAACGAUCAGCUUCUUUCUGUUUGGAGAGGUGUUCAAACAACACUGGAAAAAUGAAGUCAAAUCUGUAGUGGGCAUUCUUAACCCAAACAAAAUGGACAAGGCUGAGAAGAACCAGCAAGACAUGGCUUUUACAGUCCAUCACCCAAACCAGAUACUGAUGAUGGGAUACUCCCAGGAUCUGGGCAAGUGUGCUGGGGUCAGCAAAGCAGGCAAAGCUUGUACUAACUUUAUCAAUAAGCAGCUAGGACAGUUCUGUGUGUACCAUGUACAGUCAGCAUACAAAAAGACCUGUGCCAAAAGGACAGAGCUGCAGGGCAGUUCUCAAGUUACCCCUAAAAACCGAGUGUUUGGAACUCGGAAUGUCAAGGAGUCUAUGUUCUUCUAUGGAGGGGAAACAUUCACCAACACUAGAAGGAAGUCUUCAAAAAAAGAUCAGGUGACUGUGAAAAAUCUUCAAAUGAGGCAGCUGGAGAGCCAGGGCAAGUUUACCACAAUGUCACUGCACAACUUAAACCUGGAGGACAGAGAGAAACUUCAACAAGUGCAACAGAAAAAGAAGGACCUAGUGAACCUGUUAGCCACACCAACAGUAGGCUCACUGAACUUUGUUAAACAUCUGGUAAAGAAAGAGAACCCAUCACACUCAGACUCCUCAGAUGACAAGAAGGUUGAGAUACAGUCUAUAUCACCAGCAGAGCUGUUAAAGCAACAUAAACUGGACAUGGUCAGGAAACGAAAGGCCAGACACACCACUACUGUCACCGCCCCAGGGAAUCUGGAUAGCCAGACACCCAGGGACAUUGUGCCACAUUUGGGGAGAGGGGAAGUGAGAGAUGGAUUUAUCUCCCUUGACAUGUCCAAUAAAACCAAUUCUGUCUCGAUGAAGGAAUUAGCAAAGAUUAAAGCAAUAACCAAGGUCAAGAAUAGUGGUGGGAUUCAAAAGGAUGACCCAAAUGCACUGAAGAGAAAGAGAGAAUCCCCGGAUUUCAAAGAGAAGAUUGAGACAAGAGUCCUGUCUAGUAUAGGUAAUGAAAGAACUGAGAGUAAAAAAGGAGAACCUGCUGUGAAACGUUCCAAGCUUCUAGGGAACAUUGAUGAGAAUUCUGAGGAAUUUAGGAUGCUCAUGAAAUCUAGGUCAAAGCAUACAGGGGCUCUUGCUGAGGUGGAACACGAACAGGAGGAGAGAUACUUCAUGGAACUGGAGAAAAAAGAGAAAUAUGAGGAUAAGAUGCAAUCGACCAUGUCUGUCAAGUGCUCAGUGUUCACUUGUAAAAAUUGUAAUUACACAGCUAUGAAGCUGGCAGACAAAUGUAAGAGAGAUGGACAUACCAUUGUGAAGUUGGAGGGAUCGAAAAGGUUCUUCAAGUGUAAACACUGUGGAAAGAGAAAGAUCUCCAUCCACAAGUACCCUACAGAGCCCUGUGAUUGUGGAGAAUAUAACUUUCAGAGGACAGCAAUGAUGGAGGAGAGGAAAGGACCCAAAUUGCCAAAUGAGAACCUGAGCCUUCGGGGGGAUGAGGUGUCCUAUUUAGGGGCCAUGAAUCAGAAAGUUUAUCUAGAUAUAUGAGACAAUAUACUUCAUUGGAAGAGAUACAAUUUGUGUAUUAUGAUAAUUUUGUGGGGGUUUUUUUCAAGAUGUAUGCAAAUGGAGAAAGAAAUUUUACUGUGACCAUUACUUGAAUUUGGAAUGAACAGGUUUACAGAAAAAAAUGAAUAUAGAAAUUUACAGAUGUUAAUUUAUUGCUUAUGGGUGCUCUCUGAAAUGUUGUAUGGAAUAUUAAUUAUGAAAUCUGACGAGGGUGGGGGGGGGGGGUAUAGGGCUUAAUUUAUUUUUUUUAAUUUGUUGUUUGCGUGCCCUCACCCAAGUGACUGAAAUAUAUUUAAAAAUAAAAAAUCAUUUUUAUCACAUUUUUUAAUGAUUUAGCAAGAAUCUGGAAGUCUGUAGGCAGCAUAUGUAAUCCUUUUGGAGUAAUUUUCAAUUUCUUCAAUGGAAAAAGAAAUUGGAAAGUAAUGUAGAUUUUAAAUGUGCAGUCAGUUGAUGGCAAAAGUUAACAAAAUCCAGCAAACUUGUUCACACAGAAUUUGUAUAAUUGUCUUAUAAUUUUAUACACAAUGAAAUUUAGAAAUAUAAUCAAAGAUGAAAACGA